AUGGUAGCCCAGGUAGCAGAGCCCAACCCCUCCUCCGCUCCCUCUCUCUCCCAGCAAAAUGGGAUCGACCCGGAAGAAUCCGACCCGCACUCCGAUUCCGAUUUGGAUAGUGCCAAAACCUUGAUCUAUGCACUCAGUUUUCUCUCCCGGAAUUUACCCUUGCCCCAACAUGUCUACGAUGCCGUUUCCUCCAUUUACCUCGGUGCUGCCGACGAUGGAGACGUUGAUGGUAUUGCGGUCGAUGACGUCAGCGAAAGUGCUGGGAUUGGAAUUGAAUCCCCCGUGGAAGGUCCCCAUAUGGAUAAGAUUACUACACCGCCAAGGAGAAUGGAGGGCUCUGGUGAUUCAAGUUACAAUGAUUUAAUGUUGGACUUUGAGGAUGCCGUGUUAAAGCAACAGUCGUGCAUGUCUGGUUCUAGAUUGACAGAAUUAAAGGAAAACCGCUUUCAAAGCCAAAUCCAGCACCGGAUAACCGAACUUGAAGGAUUGCCAACAAGCAGAGGCGAUGACCUCCAGUCUAGGUGCUUGCUUGAACUCUACGGGCUUAAGUUAGCUGAGCUGCAGAGCAAAGUGCGGUCUGAAGUGAUUUCUGAAUAUUGGCUUCGUCUACGUUGUGCAAAUCCAGAUAAGCAGUUGUUUGAUUGGGGCAUGACGCGAUUGCGCCGUCCUUUAUAUGGUAUAGGAGAUGCUUUCGCUAUGGAAGCUGAUGACGCUCUGAAGAAGAAACGAGAUGCUGAGAGGUUGUCAAGAUCAGAGGAAGAAGAAAGGAACCGUGUAGAAACCAGGAAAAGGAAAUUCUUUGCUGAUUUACUUAAUGCUGUACGUGAAAUCCAAUUGCAAGUACAGGCUGCCCAGAAACGCAGGAAACAAAGAAGUGAUGGUGUCCAGGCUUGGCAUGGAAGGCAAAGGCAACGAGCUACACGGGCUGAGAAAUUGAGGUUCCAAGCUCUGAAAGCUGAUGAUCAAGAAGCUUACAUGAAAAUGGUUGAGGAGAGCAAAAAUGAAAGAUUGACAAUGCUCCUAGGAAAAACUAAUGAUCUCCUUGGUCGUUUGGGUGCUGCUGUCCAACGUCAAAAAGAUGCUGAACAUGACAGCACUGAAGCCCUGCAAAAUUCAGACACUGACUUGCCUGAGUUAUCUGGUUCAAGGACUGACACACCAGGGCAGUCACUUCCCGGGGAAGAUGAAGAUGUUGAUAACGAAUCUGAUCAUCAAGUAAAGACGGGUGAUUUACUUGAAGGCCAGCGAAAGUAUAAUUCUGCUGUACAUUCAAUUGAGGAGAAGGUGACGGAGCAACCAGCUAUGCUUCAAGGUGGAGAGUUAAGACCGUAUCAGUUAGAGGGCCUUCAAUGGAUGUUGUCUUUGUUCAAUAACAACUUAAAUGGAAUUUUAGCAGAUGAAAUGGGGUUGGGAAAGACAAUUCAGGCAAUAUCUCUGAUUGCUUAUCUCAUUGAAAACAAAGGUGUUACUGGGCCCCACUUGAUUGUUGCCCCAAAGGCUGUCCUACCAAAUUGGAUCAAUGAAUUUUCAACUUGGGCUCCUAGUGUUUCUGCCGUUCUUUAUGAUGGGCGACUGGACGAAAGAAAGGCAAUGAGAGAAGAGUAUUCAGGAGAAGGGAAGUUCAAUGUUUUGAUCACCCAUUAUGAUCUUAUUAUAAGAGAUAAAGCAUUCUUGAAGAAAAUCCACUGGUACUACCUGAUUGUUGACGAAGGACAUCGUCUUAAAAAUUCUGACUGUGUUCUUGCACGGACUCUUGUCUCUGGCUAUCGAAUUCGGCGGAGACUUCUGUUGACUGGUACUCCCAUACAGAAUAGCUUGCAGGAAUUAUGGUCUCUGCUUAAUUUUCUCCUUCCAACUAUAUUUAAUUCAGUUGAAAACUUUGAGGAGUGGUUUAAUGCGCCCUUUGCGGACAAAUGUGAUGUCAGUUUGACAGAUGAAGAACAAUUAUUAGUCAUUCGGCGAUUGCACCAUGUCAUAAGGCCAUUCAUAUUGAGGAGGAAGAAAGAUGAGGUGGAGAAGUACCUUCCUAGUAAACGUCAAGUCAUACUUAAAUGUGACAUGUCUGCCUGGCAGAAAGUAUAUUAUCAGCAAGUAACAGAUGUGGGCAGGGUUGGAUUGGCCAGUGGAACUGGGAAGUCCAAAAGCCUACAGAACCUGACAAUGCAGCUCAGGAAAUGUUGUAACCACCCAUACUUAUUUCUGGGUGAUUAUAAUAUGCUGCGCAAUGAGGAGAUUUUCAGAUCAUCAGGAAAGUUUGAGCUACUUGAUCGCUUACUACCCAAGCUUCGUAAAGCUGGGCAUAGAAUCCUCCUUUUCUCUCAAAUGACACGGCUCAUGACCAUUCUUGGGUAUUAUCUGGAAUUACAUGGUUACAAGUUUCUUAGACUCGAUGGCUCAACUAAAACUGAAGACCGGGGGGAAUUGCUAAAAAAAUUUAAUGCUCCAGACUCUCCUUAUUUCAUAUUUCUUCUAAGCACACGUGCUGGAGGACUUGGUCUGAAUUUGCAGACUGCAGAUACCGUGAUAAUUUUUGACAGUGACUGGAACCCUCAGAUGGACCAACAGGCUGAGGAUAGAGCACAUCGCAUUGGGCAGAAGAAGGAGGUGAGAGUUUUUGUUCUGGUCAGUGUUGGAUCAAUUGAAGAGGUUAUCUUAGAACGAGCCAAGCAGAAAAUGGGCAUUGAUGCCAAGGUCAUCCAGGCAGGAUUGUUCAAUACAACUUCCACAGCUCAAGACAGGAGAGAGAUGUUGGAGGAGAUUAUGCGCAAAGGUACAAGCUCACUUGGAACGGAUGUACCUAGUGAGAGAGAAAUAAAUCGUCUUGCUGCACGAUCAGACGAGGAGUUUUGGUUGUUCGAGAAAAUGGAUGAAGAAAGAAGGCAGAAGGAGAAUUACAGAUCUCGUCUCAUGGAAGAACACGAGGUACCAGAUUGGGUAUAUACUGUGCCGGAUAUGAAAGAGAGCAGGGGGAAAGGAUUUGACAAUUUCACUGUUCUUGGAAAGAGACGAAGGAAAGAGGUGAUCCGAGAUGAUACACUUACCGAUUUGCAGUGGAUGAGGGCUGUGGAAAACGGAGAAGACUUAUCUAAACCUCCAGUAAGAAGGAGAGAGAAUCCUACUGUCUUGAACAAUGAAUUUCCUAGUAAUACCGGAACUAAUAACUCCAUAGGCGAGAAAAAAGUUGCAGAGUUGAAGAGUGAAACUGGUUCUCUCGUAAGCGAGGCAAAGAGUGAAGAUACAAUUGGUUGGACAUCUCAAAGGUACAACUCUGAAGCUGAAAGUUCUCAAAGAAAUGGCUCUGAAAGUUUGGAAGGAGGGUUGAACCAAUUGACAUGGAGAGCAUAUAGGAGGAGGAGAUCAAGCUUGAUGUGA